UUGCACGAGUCUGCCUUCGUCGGUUGGCUGCCCAGCAGCUGGCGUAUCUGCCCCCCAGAUGCGUGCAAAGGACGUUCUCGUCAUCAUCUCCCCGCUUUCUGAGACGACACCGCGAUAGGUCACGUUCAGUGCCCGGUGAACCGGAUGGUGACUCUGAAGGCCAUCUUUCUGCCGAGUUCCUGAAGCCUCUAUGUGAAGGGCAAGAAGAGGAUUUGUUCGGAACUGAGAUCGAGGAUGAAGUGACUGAAGUGCAAGGAAAAGAAUAUAGGCCCAAGCCAAGUACAUUUUGGCAGUGGUCAGAAGAGGUCGCUCCAGACUUCCGAGAUCCCAAACCUCGCAACUGGCUUGGAGGUGACGUCCCCUUUCCACUAAAUCCUUCCUUCAAACCUCCUGUACCUCUGUCCGAUGCGCUGCGAACCCAACUUUACCAAUCUUUCAUGCGUGACCCCGAAACGAAUUCCGUUCGCGCACUUUCUUCCAGACAUAACAUUAGCAUCAAGCGUGUGGACGCAAUAUUGCGACUCAAGGGUUUGGAGGAGGCAUGGAAAAAGGAGGGCACUCCCCUGCAAACUGGGUUCACGCAAGGAAUGGAAUAUGUGCUCGCCGUGCCUCAACCUGACGAAAUUGUGAAAGGAGUUAAUGCUGAUACGCCGCUUCAAUACUACCACACUGGCCGGAGGGAGGCAGAAGAAAACCGAGAUCCUUCUGCGACGAAUCCCCGAUACGACGUGGAAGAAGCAGAUAGACAAGAUGAGGUCGAAGGUACUAGCGAUAUGUCGAGGUUUAGGUACCAGCGGAUGUUUUGGGAAAAUGUUCCGGAGGGAGAGGAACCCAUCAUGCCCACUAUACUGGAAGCUGCUCGUUCCUCGGCGCAGCCUUCUGAACACAAGGCCAAGGUUACGUUUGUCGAGCCUCGCCCAGGGCGUCCUGCAAUCAAGUUUGUUGACGUCGGGAAUACUUUCUUCGACGCACAUGAACAAGAGCGACGUGAUAAGGAAGGCGCACGAAGAGCAGUACUGCGGGCUCGCAGGCGCGGCCUUGAGUGGGCACAGCCAGACAAGGCGUAGUGUUGCUGUUGUUUUACACUAGUCCAAUACGCUACUUUCACUGCCAUGAAUAAUGAUUUGCCUUGCACUGGUGAUAACCAC